AUGACGAGAAACAAGACUAAUGCGUCGGUAACUGAUGGUAAUGAUCGCGAAGAAGACCGCCACAACGCCGUUGACAAUCCGAAUGAUGCGUUCGCCGGCGGUUCGUCGUCCAGCGGCGUCAUCACCGAAAUGAGACGCGGUCGCCGAUCAAAGCGGAUGUCCAAUAGCCGCAGGCGUAGGAGACGGUCAUCCAGGCGGUCACGRUCAGGGCGCAGGCGGGCGAGCGGGGACGAAGACGAGCAGGACAGCGUGGAGGAUUCUGAUUAUACCAGCCAGGAACAGGACGAUGACGACGACGACGAAGAAACCAGUGACGCGUCGGGUCGUCGGAGAAGGGGUAGGAGGAGUAGAAGCCGAAAGGGCAGACGGUCGUCGUCGCGGAGUAGAAGACGUCGAAGGAGUAGUGGCCGCGGCCGGCCUCGUCGUCGUGCUCUGAGCGUUACGGAUGACGAUGAUGAAAACGUGACCGAACAAAGGCAAAAUUUGGAUGACGGUUUGUCGUCGACGGCGUUGAAUUUACGGAGGCCGCGAGGGGCCGUCGUCGUCGUAGAAGCAGCCGGAGGAGAAGGAGGCGGUCAUCGGUCGGACGGUCGUCGCGCAGGCGGAGGAGAAGUCUCGGGGAAGAGAGUGAUGGCGAAUCAAGCGCCAACGAAAAUACUUAUUCYUUGUCCACCGCGCCACCAGCGAACCAUUUAUUAA